CGAAUAUACGCCACAAUGCUUCCUCGAUCUCCGUCCCUAUAUAUAUAUACAUAUGAUAAUCAAAGUUUAAUGUAUUUUCUCUCUCAUCUCUGUUUUCGAAGAUCUUUUGCCCCAAGUUUCUUGCAUCGCAAGUCGGCGUUUUUUAUUGUUUAUUAUCACACUUUUAACAUUAAACAAUUGUAACAUUUAAAUUUCUUUAUUCCAAAAAAAAUCAGACACCCCAGAUUACAUUUGAAUUUGUUUAUUUCAAAAAAAAUAAAAAUAAAAAUAAGACUCUUCAACUCCUGAGAUUCAGGGUAUGUGCUCUGUUCGACCUGUCUCACCACACAACCUUGAAUCUUCUUCAUAUAUAUAUAUAUUGAAAAUACCCAGUUUCAUUUAUCCUUUUUAACUUCGAGAUAUUAGCUAUACAGGGGAAUUUAGUGUUGUUCCAGGAAGAAAACCUGAACCUUGUACUGCUCUUUUUUCUUUUUACCAGUGCAGUACAAAUUCAAAGAAUCUGAAUUUUCUCCCAAGAAGAGGCUAAAGGGUAUCAACUGUUUCUCAAAGAUUUGAUACUUCUGAGAUGGCAUUGGCAAGGUUUAUGAGGAGUGGUUUGAGGCGGUCAGGGGGUGCCAUGGGAAAUCAUGCGAGUGAGGGGGAUAUUCUAUGCGAAGGAGUUUCAACACGAAAGUGUUCCUUACCUUCUGGUGGAAAUUUUAACACAGGCAACAACCUGUUGCACCUUCCAAGCAUAGGAAAGGUGGAGCACACAAAUUUUUGGAGCAGGGGCAUGAGGGCAACUCCACAAUACCAGUUUGCUCAGGCAGAGCAGAUUGUGGGGGAAUCUGAUUCAGAGUAUGAGAGCCCGAAGUAUCCUAGCUUGGAAGCAACAAAACCGGGUGAAAAACCCAGGGUGGUUGUCCUUGGGACCGGGUGGGCAGCGUGUCGGUUUCUUAAAGGGCUUGACACCAAAAUAUAUGAUGUUGUUUGCAUUUCACCAAGGAAUCACAUGGUCUUCACUCCUUUGCUUGCUUCAACUUGUGUUGGAACUUUGGAGUUUCGCUCAGUAGCCGAGCCAGUUGGUCAAAUACAGCCUGCAUUGGCAAAGGACCCGAAUUCCUACUUUUACUUGGCUUCUUGCAUUGGCGUUGACACAGACAAUCAUGAAGUGUAUUGUGAGACGGUUGGCAAUGUCGGACUUCCUUAUGAGCCUUACCGAUUCAAAGUUGCAUACGACAAGCUUGUCAUUGCUGCUGGAGCUGAGCCCUUGACCUUUGGUAUAAAGGGAGUGAAGGAACAUGCGUUUUUCCUUCGUGAAGUGAAUCAUGCCCAAGAAAUUAGGAAGAAGCUUCUCUUAAACCUCAUGCUCUCUGAAAAUCCAGGUAUAACAGAAGAAGAAAAAGAGCGAUUAUUGCACUGUGUUGUCAUUGGAGGUGGCCCUACUGGGGUAGAGUUUAGUGGCGAAUUAAGUGAUUUUAUCAUGAGAGAUGUUAGUGAUCGGUAUGCUCAUGUCAAAAAUUACAUCCGUGUCACCCUCAUUGAGGCAAAUGAAAUUUUGUCAUCAUUCGAUGUUGGACUACGCCAAUAUGCCACAAAACACUUAACCAAGUGUGGUGUUCGACUUGUACGUGGUGUUGUUAAAGAGGUACAUCCCCAAAAGAUUGUACUUAGUGAUGGGAGUGAUGUUCCUUAUGGCCUUCUGGUCUGGUCUACGGGGGUUGGCUCCUCUCAGUUUGUAAAAUCACUAAACUUGCCCAAGUCCCCCGGUGGAAGGAUUGGAAUUGAUGAAUGGUUGCGGGUUCCUUCUGUUGAAGACGUGUUUGCAGUUGGAGAUUGUGCUGGUUUUCUUGAACAGACUGGGAGGCAGGUGCUUCCAGCUCUAGCGCAGGUUGCAGAAAGGGAAGGAAAAUAUCUUGUGGAGUUGUUUGACAAAGUUGGGAAGCAGAAUGGUGGGAAGGCUUUGUGCGCGAAGGACAUCCCUCUGGGAGUGCCUUUCAUCUACAAGCAUCUCGGAAGCAUGGCAUCUGUAGGGCGUUACAAGGCACUUGUCGAUCUUCGCCAGUCCAAGGAUGCAAAGGGAGUAUCUCUUGCAGGGUUCAUAAGCUGGCUGAUUUGGCGCUCGGCUUACCUGACACGUGUUGUCAGCUGGAGAAACCGGUUCUAUGUUGCUGUGAACUGGGCAACCACACUAGUCUUUGGCAGAGACAACUCAAGGAUAGGAUGAUCAGUCAAAUUAAUAUUCUUGAUGGACACAAGGAGUGAGCUAAGCUACUACACUAUAGGGUUCAAGUCUUGCAGUGUUUUUGAUGGACUAGUUAUCAUUUUUGAUUCAACUGAUUAAAUCAUUUUUGAAAUAAUUUUAAAGUAUCAAAAUUAAUGCUGUCGUGUUUUGGAUUAGAGGAGCUAGGUAGGUAUAAAUCCAAAGGUGGAGCCACAUAUAAUGUAUUUGCAGUAAAUGUUAUGGUAGAACCACUUGAAUAUGAUAUUUGAA